AUGGAAAUUAAUGAAAAAUACUUCUACUAUACUUGGAGAGAUAAGCCAAAAUAAUCCUAAUUAUGUUAAAAUGACAAAAAAGUUAAUGUAAAAAUGAAUCAAUUCAAUUAAGGUUUUAUGGCAAUAUAGUGAAUCAUUAUUAUAAUCAAAGUAAACUCAAUCAGAUCAAAAAAAUUUGGCUUUUUGGUAACUGAAAAGGAAAAAUAGUAUAGUAGAGAAAAACACUUAAUCAUAGAUUAAUACAACAAGAAUUUAAACAAGAAGAAAUUCGGUUGUUGCUGGAUAUGAAUCUUAAAUUAAAACUGCAAGAAAAUGUAAUUAAACAAAUCAAAGUCAGGUUUCAAAUGCUUUAACAAAUAAAAAAUAAUUUAAAGAAGAUUAUAUUGAUGAGAAGUCAAGAAGAAGAUUAAGUAGAUUUUUUUCGAAUCAUGAAAUCUGUAAUUUAAUUCAUAAAAGAAGUUUGUCAAGAUAAGAUAAUUAAAUUUAUGCUGAGGAUAUAGAAAAAGAAAUGGUUACUGCUUAAAUAAAAUCUAUUCAAAACCAAUAAAUUAGAUUUCAAUUUCAUUAAUCAAAUAAAUAAAUUUUACCAGAAAAGAAAUAUGAUAAUCAAAUAAAUGAUAUGAUUAAUAUGAAAUAAUCAACUUUCAAAUCUGUUUAUUAAUAAAUUUAGCAUCUUACUAAUGAAUAAAGGAAAAAAAGAGUUCCUAUUACAAGUCAUAAGAUGCUUAAAUCAAGAACUAAAUUAAUAAGUUGUUCUUAUAAGAUUAGAGAAAAAUUUUUAAAUAUUUUAAAAUAAGUUUUAUUUGUAGCUAAAUAUAAGUGUCGAGUUAAUUUUUGGUUUGAUUAUCCAAUUAAAUAUAAUAACAAAUUUUACGAAUUAAUAAUAGAAGGGAACUAUGAUGGCAUUGUUUAAACUUUAUAAGAUGAACCAUAUCUAGUACAUAGCAGAAAUAAGGAUGGGUAAACUCCAUUGCAUAUUGCUUGCAUUUGUAAUAAUGCUCUUUUAGCAAAAUUAUUUAUUAAAAAUUAUAGUAACAUUGAAGCUUUAGAUAAUAAAUAGUUAUCAUCAUUAUAUUAUGCAUUUAAAGCUAAUUCUAAUGAUUGUUUUAAAGUAAAUAAGAUAUUUAUAAUAAUAUAGAUUUUACUUCAUUCUAAUGCUAAACCAUGGUCUCCACCAGGAGGUAAAUUAGAUUAAAAUCAAAUGAAUGUUGUACAGAAAAAUUUGUUAAUGCAUGCACGUUUAAUUUAUAUGUUUACUAUCUGGAAAAUAAAAAAAUGAUAAU